AUGACACGGCUGUUCCCGCUUUUCGCUGUCUUCAACUCAAUCUCUCUUUCUGCCCCUGCACCAACUCCAGAUGGCGGUAGUGCUGCAGAAGAAACUUGUGAUCAGGUUGACGAGGAUUCAAAAAAUCUGAACCUUCAACUGCAACAUAAAUUCCAUGUCACUCUUGGCCUUAAUACGAGACUCGCGUGCUCUGGAGUAUCUGAUGCUAAGAAAGAACUUGACUACAUUUUCGAGGGACGAUCCAGGCCUGGUUAUUACGGGCAUUACUUUAACACCACAGUCGGUCUUUCACUUGAAGCGGUCGUGAAAGGAUACAUAGAACACAUGCAAUCUGCACCACCGCUGUUUGACAGCAAUAAAACGCUGGUAGAUUUGCUGAAGGAACAAGGUUCUGUGUUCUUUUCCUGCGCUAUGAAAGAAGACACAUACUCGUUAGAGGAAAAAGACCAGGAAUAUGAAGGUGUGGAGAAGUCCGAAGAAAGGGAGAUGAUAGGGGAGCCGGAAGAAGAAGAAGAAGAAGAAGAAGACGAGAAAAACGAAGAAGCGUCGCCAGCUGAGACUCAUUCAGGUAGCUCUGAUUCAGACCAAGCAAGUGAAGGCAAGAUUGAUGGGCCAGUUAAAGGCGUUUUCUGCUAUUUCUAUUGA